AUGGAGAGUGGAGCAGGAAAGCACUGGACUGAAGAAGAGGUUAAAGCUUUGCUUAGUGUCUGGGCAGAAAAAAAUAUACGAGAACAACUUUAUGGAACCCUGAGAAAUAAAGGAAUAUUCAUUUACAUUGCUAAAAGGCUGCAAGCACUAGGAGUAUACAGAGACUGGAAACAGUGCCGGGCAAAGUACAAAAAUCUCAAAUAUGAAUACAGAACAGUUAAAUAUGCUCAUAACUCUGGAGACAGCUCUAAAACUAUGAAGUUCUUCCAUGAUUUGGAUGCAAUCCUGCAGUAUGAACCUGCCACACAAUUAACAGAGGAAGAUGCAAAUGGCAGGUGCCUGGCAACGCUGAGCGAAAGUGCAGCUCCAGGGACCACUGAAGGCAAAAUGUCAGUUACAUUACAAGAUAAGGAAGACCUCUCAGGAAAUCCUUUACUUUUGGUUUCUCCUAUCAGACCAAUGGAACUAGGUAACUCUACAUCAAUUAUGGAACCCUCUAUUAAUCCAACUUUUAUUCCAACUAUAGCAAAUGAAGGAGGAAAACACUGGACUGUGCCAGAAGUCAGGGCUCUAAUUGGCAUCUGGUCUGAUAUAAGUAUACAACAACAACUAGAAGGAACAGUGAGAAAUAAAAGGAUAUUUGAACAAAUUGCUGCCAAGCUUCAGAAAUCUGGAAUAGAGAGAGACUGGAAGCAGUGCAGAACAAAGUACAAAAACUUAAAACAUGAAUACAAGAUUGUAAGAAUGGCUCAAGACCAAGGCAUGACUAAGAGUAUGAAAUUUUUUACUGAGUUGGAUACUAUUCUGGGACAUAAUAAAACAGAAAAAUCACAACAAUGGGAAUUCCAAGAUGAAGAACAAGCCACCGGAUGUGCCAAUGUAAAAACAGAAGAGGAUCAGACAGUCAUUGCUGGAGAUGCAGCUGAAGAUGACUUUGUCAGUAGUAUGUCAGAAGACCUAAGAGAGGGAGAUGUAAAACAAAGUCCUGGUACAGGUAAUCAUAUUCCUUUAGAAGAUGCUAAAAAUCAUUUACAGAUUGUAACAGUGAGCGACACAGAGGCUGGAAAACACUGGUGUGACAAUGAGGUCAGAGCGCUUAUACACAUAUGGUCUGAUGAAAAAAUUAAGCAAAUGCUUGAAAGGGCCACAAGAAACAAAGAAAUAUUUGAGGAAAUUGCCAGAAGACUAAUGCAGUUUGGAAUAGACAGAGACUGGAAACAAUGUCGUACCAAAUACAAAAAUUUAAAAUAUGAAUACAGAGUUUUACAAAAGAAAAAUGGCAACCCUCAAAGAAAAAUGAGAUUUUAUGAAGAAGUUGACUGCAUCCUAAGAGGACCAACUCUCAGAACUGCCAAAUGGAAACAUGAAUUAUUUGAAGGUCAUACCAAAAACCCAAGAACUUUGAGCGUCAAAAGAAAAGCACACGAAGACGGACCAAUGUCUGUAUCUCUUAAGAAAACUGCUCCUGAGAUCACUGCAAAUAGGUUUCCUCAAAGCACAACAGAACGAAAAGAUUCUACAGAAUGUUUCUACAGAAAGGAAACCCCCUACGUGAUCCAACUUCAUCAGAGUCUUGCCUGUCUUCCCGGCGCGGCCGCUGCCCCCAGCCCACGCAGGAUAAUGGCGACAGCUGAGGUAUUGAAUAUUGGUAAAAAACUCUAUGAGGGUAAAACAAAAGAAGUUUAUGAAUUGCCAGAUAGUCCAGGAAAAGUCCUCCUGCAGUCCAAGGACCAGAUAACAGCAGGAAAUGCAGCCAGAAAGAAUCACCUGGAAGGAAAAGCUGCAAUCUCAAAUAAAAUUACCAGUUGUAUUUUUCAGUUGUUAAAGGAAGCAGGUAUCAAAACUGCUUUCGCCAGAAAAUGUGGGGAGACAGCUUUCAUUGCACCUAAGUGUGAAAUGAUUCCAAUUGAAUGGGUUUGUAGAAGAAUAGCAACUGGUUCUUUUCUCAAAAGGAAUCCUGGUGUCAAGGAGGGAUAUAAGUUUUACCCACCUAAAGUGGAGCUGUUUUUUAAGGACGAUGCCAAUAACGAUCCACAGUGGUCUGAGGAACAGCUAAUUGCCGCAAAAUUUUGCUUUGCUGGACUUGUUAUAGGCCAGACUGAAGUGGAUAUCAUGAGUCAUGCUACACAGGCUAUUUUUGAAAUACUGGAGAAAUCCUGGUUGCCCCAGAACUGUACGCUGGUUGAUAUGAAGAUUGAAUUUGGUGUUGAUGUAACCACCAAAGAAAUUGUUCUUGCUGAUGUUAUUGAUAAUGAUUCCUGGAGACUCUGGCCAUCAGGAGAUCGAAGCCAACAGAAAGAUAAACAGUCUUAUCGUGACCUCAAGGAAGUAACUCCCGAAGGGCUCCAGAUGGUGAAGAAAAAUUUUGAGUGGGUUGCAGAAAGAGUGGAGUUGCUUCUGAAAUCAGAAAGUCAGUGCAGAGUUGUAGUAUUGAUGGGCUCAACUUCUGAUCUCAGUCACUGUGAAAAAAUCAAGAAGGCUUGUGGAAAUUUUGGCAUUCCAUGUGAACUUCGGGUAACAUCUGCCCAUAAAGGACCAGAUGAAACUCUGAGGAUUAAAGCAGAGUAUGAAGGGGAUGGCAUUCCUACUGUUUUUGUGGCAGUGGCAGGCAGAAGCAAUGGUUUAGGACCAGUGAUGUCUGGUAACACUGCAUACCCAGUUAUCAGCUGCCCUCCACUCACUCCAGACUGGGGAGCUCAGGAUGUGUGGUCUUCUCUUCGACUACCCAGUGGUCUUGGCUGUUCAACCAUACUUUCUCCAGAAGGAUCAGCUCAGUUUGCUGCUCAGAUAUUUGGAUUAAACAACCAUUUGGUAUGGGCUAAACUGCGAGCAAGUGUAUUGAACACAUGGAUUUCCUUGAAGCAGGCUGACAAGAAAAUCCGAGAGGGCAAUUUAUAAAACAUCAUUGCUUUUUUUUUUUUUUUUUUGAGAAAAGCUACAUUUCUUGUUUAGUUUCAGAAAAAAAUCAAGAUGAAAAGUUUUUAAAUCAAUCAAAGAAAAAAAUAAAAUUUACUAGUGAAUAAAUGCUUCUCUAGAUUAAUGGAUCAGUAGACUCUGGAGAUACUAACAUUUCUUUAGAGGAAGUGAAAUUAGUAUAAGGACACUUUUAAAAUCUCUUAGCUACUAUAUGGUCCCAAUUAGGUAGAGAACAAUCAAAUAUAUUUCUUAAAUACUAAUAAUGUCUUGUUAUAGAGCUCUAAAGUUACUACUUGACUUUCUGUAUCUCAACCCAUAAGUUUUAAAAAGUUAAAAUGCUUGUAUCUUAGAGUGCCAAGAGCAAUAUAGUCCUCUUUUACAUUAUGAUCUUUACAAAAUCCUAAGGGUAUGGUGUUUUAUUUGCAGUCAGUAUCUCAAAAUAGAUGUGUAUUUAUCCCCAGCUGUAGACCAAGAUGCUGUUUUGUUUUGCUUUUAUUUGUUUGUUUAUACUUGAGAUUGGUGUUGGGGGUAGGGAAGACAAAUGAAAUAAGAUGAAGGGAUACUGUGGAAGCCAUAAAAAGGGGACUUUUCUGAGAACUUCUCUGAUGGAUGUCAGGGCAAUUUCCCAUGGGAAAAAAAAAAAAAAGAGUCACCUUUGUCAUUCCAAAUGAAAGAUUUAGUUUAUCUUAGUUAGUUAUAAUGAGUGCCUCUGUGGAUCAUAAAAUUCUUUUAAUUCUGAUAAUACAUGUUUUAGCCAAACUAAGAAUCCUCAGCCUACAAUGAUUUUCUGAAAUUGGAAUCUCCUAGUUGAUAACCAUACUGGUUUCUUUCUUAUAACAAUAGAAGUCUGGGCAGGGUACCCAGUAAGAUUCACCUCUAAAGGAGCAGUUGUUACUGAGAGGUGUUAUAGUUCAUCAUCAAUCUAUAAACCAUGUUUGGAAAUCACUGUUACAUUACGCAGACCUGAGGACUUUUUUAUAGAUCACUAAACUUUAAUCUGAAUGUCUAUGAACCCCUUAAACUUCCAUGUAGAAUUUUAUGUAUGUGUUCACUUUUAUGGAAAGGGGGCAAUCAUCGUUUUUAUCCAAAGGAUUAAAAUGUUAAGAGUCUCUGCUACAGGGAUGUCUGGGUGGCUCAGUCGGUUAAGUGUCUGCCUUCGGCUCAGGUCAUGAUCCCAGGGUCCUGGGAUCGAGUCCUGCAUCAGACUCCUCACUUAGCGGGGAGCCUGCUUCUCUCCUUCUGCCUGCUGUUCCCCCUGCUUGUGCUCUCUCUCUCUCUCUCUCUGACAAAUAAAUAAAAUCUUAAAAAAACAAAACCCACACUGUGUGAGGAAAAAAAAUCUCUGCUACAGAUGAAAUCUUGGUAAGAUCUUUGCCACUGGCUUACACUGUCUAUACCUUUUCACCUCCCUCUGAACUGUUAACAAGCUAGCAUCUCUUAUCACUUCUUUUACCUCAUCUCAUGGGGCAGGGUAUGAUUGUCCUCACCAUUCCUUUCUUUGACUAGACACUAAGAUACUCCAACCUCAAUCCUGAUGUUUUUCUUAUAUUCUUCUUUCCCUUUAAGUAUUGAUGUUUAUUCUAUUGAGUCUCUCCAUUACUUACAAGUAAUCAUUGGAGUAACUCCUUCAGCUAAAACUAGCAUUACUGACUCUUAGCUCUGUGUUUGUAGACUUGUAGUUUGAACUGUAUAUUCCUGUCUGUCUGAAUGCUCCAAACUUAUUUCAUCUGCCAUCCAGCCUGUUAACUGGCUGUACUCUGUGUCCCAAAUCAGAAGUGUUAGUUCAUCCUUAAUAUUUCUCUCUUACAUUUUCACAUCUCAUUUAUUACAGAGUUCUGAAUUUACCCGGUUUACCCAUUCUCUGUUCAAAAGCCUCAAGUGGGGGUCAAAUUCUACAUUAUUGGACUGAUCUAGAAGGUCUUCAUUCUCAACAUUUUGAAGUUGUCCAAGGACUGACAACAUAAACUGUUAACAUCUCUUUUGCAACAUAGACCCCUUGAAAAUAUGAAUGCCCUUGACUCUCUCCCUAGAGAAUUGCACACAAAAUUUACCAACAGAUUCCAUUGGUUUUUGCAUUCUCUUGAAGCCUGUCAUGGUUUGUAGCUUAAGAAUCAUUGAUGCAACCCAUCAAGGGAACUUGCUUUCCUCAUAAUUUUUGACUUUCACUUAUCUGUACUUUUUUUUUUCUUUUUCCUUUUUUAAGUUUUUUAGUUUUAAUUUAAAUUCUAGUUAGUUCACAUACAAUGCAAUAUUGGUUUCAGGAGUAGAAUUCAGUGAUUCAUUACUUAAAUACAACACCCAGUGCACAUCAUAACAAGUACCCUCCUUAAUACCCAUCACCCAUCUAGCCCAUCCCCCACCCACAUCCCUCCAUCAAUCCUGUUUUUUUCUCUAUCAUUUAAGAGUCUUAUGGUUUGUUUCCCUUUUCCCACCCCUCCAUAUGUUCAUCUGUUUUGUUUCUUAAAUUCCGCAUGAGUGAAAUCAUAUGGUAUUUGUCUUUCUCUGACUGAUUUUGCUUAGCAUAAUACACUCUAGCUCCAUGUUGUUACAAAUGGCAAGAAUUCAUUCUUUUGAUGGCUGAGUAAUAUUCCAUUGUAUAUACAUACCACAUCUUUAUCCAUUCAAUGUACUUUCAGUUCUUAGAAUGAAUUAUUAAAAUCUAUUGUCAUUAAAAUCUGUUACUAGAGCUUCAUCUUCAUUCUCUCCAUGAAACCUUCCCAAAUCCCUUUUUCUUUGUUGGAUUGGAAGCUGCAGUAGAGGAGAAAAUAUAAUCUUACACUUUAUUUCUUCACGUUGCCUUUUGCUUUGAUGUGCCAUGCCUAGCGGUCUGCUAGAGAUGGGAGAAUUGUAAAAAUUAUGUACUGCUUCAUUCUCUUAUGUUAGUCCACAAGAACAAUUAAAAAGAUAUGAUUUUAACAUCUUUAAACUUUGGUUUUGUGGCCUCUGAAUAGUCAUUGGCUGCAAUUUCAGCUUUUCUAUCUCAACCUGCAAAAAUUCCACCUGCUUUGGUGCAGUACAUGAGAAAUUUCAAACACUGAUUUAGACUAGUAGAUAGGACUGACCAUUUAUUUCAGUGGUCAUUAUCAUUUCCACUGUUAGUUUUCACUAUUAGUUUUUUGAGUAUGUAUAUCCUCAGAAGGGUCGUUUCAUUAAUACUAGAGAAAAUACUUGUUUGAAAGUAUUUUAACUGUUACAUUACCUUAUACAAACCUACCUAGUUUGCCAUCUUUGGGUGAUUAUACUUUCUUUGGGCUUGUAGGUGAACAUAAAAAGAGGAAGAAAAAUGUGUCCAAGUAAUACAGUACUUAACUUUGUAUCAUAAAGGCAUGCUUACAAUCGCUGUUGCUUUAAAGCCUUCAUUGAAAUGUAAACACUGUAGUCAAAUAAAAAACAAAGAUAA